AUGGCAGAAACCGCCUCACCGGAACCGAAGCGAGGCAGAGAGGAGGACGAGGAAAAUGUUUCCAAGAAGCAAAAGGUUGAGGCGGAAGAAGAGAAGAAACCAUUCGGUCCUGUGAAAUUGGGUAACAAAACUUUCGGGUCUUCUUUGGAGUUGUUCGAUUACUUCAACACUUUCCUUCAUGCUUGGGGUCUUAAUCUUGAUGUUAACAAGUAUGAACACACAAUGUUACUGGAAUUACUUAGGAAAGGUCAUCCAGAGGCUGAUGAAAAGAUUGGUGGAGAAAUCUGUGCCUUCCAAGUCCGAAAGCAUCCUACAUGGAGAAGCAAGUGUUUUUUUCUCAUUAGGGGUGAUGAAUCAGCGGAUGACUUUAGCUUCCGUAAAUGUGUGGAUCAUAUUCUUCCCUUACCAGAAGCGAUGCGAGUAAAACAUGAUGCAAACAGAGCAUUAGGAAAGCGCGGUGGUGGUGGGAAAGGACGUUCACGUGGGGGGAAAGGGAAAGUCAAUACAUUGAGUAAAGUGAGUGACUCCUGA